AGCCUCUGCACAGGCCCGGGGGCUAGAACCGAGCGCGCGGACGUGGGCAGCAGGGGCUUUGCGGAGCUGAGCAGGAAAGUUUACAUGGACUAUAAUGCAACCACCCCCCUUGAGCCAGAAGUCAUCCAGGCCAUGACCGAGGCCAUGAGGGAAGCCUGGGGAAAUCCCAGCAGUCCUUACCCAGCAGGUCGGAAGGCCAAGGACAUUAUUGACACAGCUCGGGAGAACGUCGCGAAGAUGAUAUGUGGGAAACCUCAGGACAUUAUCUUCACUUCUGGGGGCACCGAGUCAAACAACUUAGUAAUUCAUUCCGUGGUGAAACAUUUCCACCAAACCCGCCCCUCCAAGGGGAGCCUGGCCAAGCUGUGCAGCCUGCUGGAUAGGGCCACGCCCCACCUUAUCACCUGCACCGUGGAACAUGACUCCAUCCGUCUGCCCCUGGAGCACCUGGUGGAAGAACGGGUGGCCGGUGAGUGACCAGCCUGGCGGAUUCUGCAGGGCAGCUCCGCUUACGACCGCUAACUGAUUCCAGGACCAGGUGAAUCAUUUACCCUCUGCUCGCAGCCUCCCUGGCCGUCCGCAGGUGCAAAGGUCACAUAGCCUGUCCCCACACGGGAACCAGUGAAUGCUGCCAGAUUGUCCCUUAGGGAAAAGA